GAUUUUUUUCUGGAAAAAGAAAGGCUUAAGCAGACAAGCAAACAAUUAGAAGACGCAAAUGAUGAGCUGAAAGAGGCAAAAUCAGUUAUUGAAGCUCUAGAAUCACAGCAAAUAUUAUCUAUUAAAGAGAUAGAAGAGAUAAGGAACAAAAACAACCAUUAUCUGGAGCUUAUGGGGAGACAAGAGCAUGAAAUCACGACCUUGAAGAAUCAACUUGUGUCUAAAGAGUUAACAGAUAAUUUGCCUUCAGAUCAUCCAGAGUUUGAAAACAGGUCCCCCUUACAGGUAAAACUUAGAAGGAUGCAUGAUUCUCUUGAAAAAGCCAAGCAAUUGAACAUGUCAUACCAAAAUGAUCGUGCAUUCCAGAUAUCUAAUGAGGAAGAGAUGGAUGAAAUCCGUCGGCAAGCUGAAGCUGAAACUGCUGAGGUAAUUGUCUGUAUGCAAGAAGAACUUGCCCUGCUCCAGCAUCAAGUAAAUGAUAGUCGUUUUAAGGAAAUAGAAAUGAAAGAAAGUAUGCUGAAUCUGGAAACUGAAUUGAAGGAGGUGCACAAAAAAUUGCACACUACUAUUGAUGAUAAUAAAAGUUUAAAGGAAGAGAUUAGCCAGAAAGAUAUAGAACUCAUAACACUGGCUGAAGAAUGGGAAUUAUUAACUUCCGAGAUUGAAGAAAUUCUUUUUGAUGGAUGUGAGGCACUUGUUGAUGCCUCUGACCAACUUGGUGACAUAAGCAAUUCAUUUCCACAAAAAAGGAUUUGGAUUUCUGAACAAGUUGGCAUGGUGGUUAGAAAAAUAUCUGAAAAGGAAUUAUUAGUUGAUGAACUUAGAAGAUGUUUGGAAGAUGCAAGCAAUAAAAGAAGUGAUAUGGACUGUAUGUUGAAGUCCUUAAGAAGUGCAGCGUUGGUUAUUACAGAAUCCCAUCAGAAGGAGUCUGCUGAAAAAGAAAUAGAAAUUCUCCAAUUGACCUCACAGCUGAGUGAAAAAACAUCUAUUGUGGCACAGCUGAAGGAGCAGUUGAUAAUGGCUCAAGAUCAUAUCAGUAAAUCAUCAAACUGUGCAACAACAGCUUUUGUGGUUGUGAAUAGAUUGUCAGAAGUGAAUCUUGGUUACCUCAAUGAUCUAGAGCAUAAGAGUAUUCAACUUACUGAAUUAGCAGAGAAUAAUCAAAGGAAGGAUGCCCUUCUCAUUGACCAAUCCACUUCACUUGUUGAAGCAGAAAGACAGAUAACAGAGUUACAGGAAAGGUGUAACGAAUUAUGGCAGAAGCUGUCUGAGGAGCAACAGCAUUCCUGUGCUUUGGAACAAAAGCUUGAAGAUAUAGAAAAGGAUGCCAUUUCAAAGACAAGGGAGCAAUUAGUGACAUUACAAGACGGUGUCUCUUCAAUCAGGUCAUGCAUGGCUUUUGCAGACCAUUCAGAAAGUCUAGAUAAUAGAAAUUCAUUGGAUGCUUGCACAUCAAACUGUGAUGAUAUUGGUGAACCAAGGAACUGUUCCAAAUCACAUCAAAACAGUGAUUCAGAUUCCCAUUCUAUUGAAGAACCUAGAGUUGACCUGGUCGACUUACCCCUUAAUUUGGACAAAUGUGGGUAUCAUAUGAAUGACCCAAAAUCAAGAAGAGUUUGCAAGGAUGUGCAUGAAAGAGAUGUUACCAUUUCACUUUUGAGAAAAGAAAUAGAAUGUGCUCUUGAAAGCUUAAAAGAAGUGCAAUGUGAGAUGGCCAGAUUACAUGAAGAGAAAAAGGAGAUGUCAAUUUGUGAAACAAAGAGCCGGCAAAGCAUAGAGUGCCUCACAAAGCAAAUACUUUUCCUGCAAGAAGCUAUGAACCACUUUGAAGAGCAAUCCAAAGUCAAGAUCGAAAUACUCAGUCAAAAACUUAGAGACCUGGAGAAACAUCUGAAAGAAGCCAGCUCCCAUUGGUACCAAAAGAAAGAGUCACUGGAACUUGAAGUUGGGGAAGCAAAGAUCAUUGAAGCUCAGAAAUCCCAAGAGGUAUCAUGUAUUCUUGCUAAAUUUGAAGAAGCACAAGAUACGAUGAGAGAAGCAGAUAUUAUGAUCAAUGGAUUGGUGAUAGCUAAUGAGUCAAUGAAGAUUGAUAUUGAAAGACUGAAAGACAGAGAAAUGACAUUACUCAAUGAAAAUGGUGCAUUAGUCAACAAUAUUGAAAGCUUACAAACUGUUGUUGAUUUGAAGCAUCGAGAGAUAGAGGACCUUGUUGAAUCAAGUCUAGUAGAAACAAGGGAUCUAACUGUUAAGUUGGAUGAUGUCAUUAAAGAAGUCCAAUUGGUGAUGAGAGAAAAUUUUAUAUCUCUGGCUAGUGAUUUAGAGUGCUUAAAGUCUCAAUGUCUAUAUUCCACUAAGUUGAUACAGCCAUGGCUUGAGAAGAUAUGGUCUGAGAUAGUUUUUAAAGAUUGUGCUAUGUCUGUGCUACAUCUCUGUCACAUGGGUAUUUUACUGGAAACAGUAACAGGGAUGCAUGCAGAAAAUGGUUUACUUUCACAUGGUUUGUGUGAAUCAAACUCUGUCAUAAGUGAUUUGAAGGAACAUAAUUAUAGGACAAAGCAAGAACUUGAUAUGUGCAGAAUCUUGAAAGGGAAACUGCUGGCUGACAUCAAGAGCAGUUUUGAUCGCAUAACUAAGAAAGAAGUUGAAGCUGGAGAGAUCACCACCAAGCUAAACACUUUUGCUAAAAACAUAUCAGACCUACAGCUUCAGGAGGAGAUGAUGUUGCAAAGGUCUAAUGAAAUGGGAUCCCAACUUGCUAAGCUGAUGAGGGAAUUGGAUGUGAGUAAUAUAGACAUUGUGACAUCUCUUUUAGAUCAAGAGACAAUACUGAAACAGAAAGUAGAGGCCAUUGAAUCUCAAGCUGAUUUGUUUAUGGCAGAUUGGUAUGCCAAAGACUUUGAAUCACUUGUCUAUGCUUCUGAACUAAAAAAUAUGUCAAGUAAUAUAGCUCAUAUGGAGGAGUAUUUUGUCGAGUACUCUAUAUUAGUUGAGCAACUAAAAAAAGAAGCAAUCUUGUCCCAGGUAGAAACUCACAUAGCAGAACAAGUUUUGAUGAAUAAGGAAGUUGAAGUUUCCCUUUUAGAAAAAGAAGUUCAGCGGACAAAAGUGGAAAGGAAGGACCUAUUAGCAGAACUGAACCAGAGCGUCUUAAGGAUUACUGAGAUGGGAGAAGUAAAUAAGGUCCUUGAACAAAAUAUUGAGUUUCUAAAGGAUGUUACUUGUUCUAAUAAUGCAUUGAAGGGUGAACUUGUUGAUGUUAAGAAGGCAAGGGAGAGACUGCUGGACAAGAUUCUUGAUCUAGAAGCUGAUUAUGAUAAAGUAAUCGCUGAUGUCAUAGAGAAGGAUGUGGCUUCUGAAUUUUUUUUCCAACAGAUUUCUUUACUUGAACUAGGAAACACAGAGUUAAAGAAAGUAAAAUGUAUGUUGGAAAAUUCAUCUUGCAGACUUGAGAAUGAGCUGAGCCUAAAAGAUUCAGAGCUAACUAGAAUGCAGAACUUAUUGGAAGUUGAGUUAUCCAGAAAGGAUGAUGUAAUAAAAGGACUGUUGUAUGAUCUGAGCUUACUACAGGAAUCGGCAUCUAACAAUAAAGACCGGAAAGAUGAAAUUGAAAAAAUUGUGGCUACAAUGGAGGCAUUAAAAGCAGAUCUUGCAGCUAAAUCAGGUGAACUUGCUGAUGUUGUCACAAACUCUCAAAUGCUUGAAGCUCAGUUGCAGGAAAAAUCAGCUAUAAUCACAGCUCUUGAGUUGGACCUCUCAAAGGAACGUGAGGCUCUAAAGUUGCAAGUCAGUGACAAUGAAGAACUUAGAACUAGUAUUGAAGAGGCCUUGGCAGCAAGAAAACUAUCCGACAAUGAGCUGAGAGAAAAAAUGAAGAUAACCGAGAGCUUGGAGGAUGAAAUUCUGGAAAUGAACAGUGUUAUUAGCCAAAUGAAUGAUUCAAUUAAGAACCUGAGCAGUGAUCUGGAUGAACUCACUGUUGAGAGAGAUCAGCUUCAGGGUCAAGUAAUUUGCCUAAAAAACAGGCUUGAAAAAGCUGAAGCACAGGCUGAAGCUAGUGAAGCAAUUGCUCAAGAAGCUCAAAAGGUGGCAGAAACAAGAAAAAUGUAUGCCGAAGACAAAGAAGAAGAGGUUAAACUUCUUGAGAGAUCAGUUGAAGAGCUUGAAAAUACUAUCAAUGUACUAGAAAACAAAGCUGACAUCAUUAAAGAAGAAGCAGAACGGCAGCGGCUGCAAAGAGAAGAUCUAGAGUUGGAGCUACAUGCACUAAAAGAUAUGAUGCAAAAUGUCAAAAAUUUUGAUGGUGACAUGAGAAGAUUUUUGGAUGAAAAAGAGAAAGGCCUCAAUGAAGCCGUAAAUCACAUACAGGUUCUUAAGAGGGAGUUAACAGGAAAGGAUACAGAGAUUCAACAAAUGAAAGUGCAUAUUUCAGAGCUAAAUUUGCAUGCUGAAGCACAGGCCACGGAGUACAAGCAGAAAUUCAAAGCAUUGGAAGCCAUGGCUGAGCAAGUCAAACCCGAGGGCCUUUCCUCUCAUUCUUCCGUUGCUAAUUCCUUCAAUGCAUUGUCUAAUAAGUCUGAGAAAUAUGCCACCAAGUCUCGAGGUUCUAGUUCUCCUUUCAAAUGCAUAGGGUUGGGCUUGGCACAACAGGUAAAAUAUGAGAAGGUUGAGGAGCUGUCUGCUGCAAGACUGCGCAUUGAAGAACUAGAAGCCCAGGCAGCAUUUCGACAGAAAGAGAUAUUUGCAUUGAAUGCCAAAUUAGCAUCUGCUGAGAGCAUGACCCAUGAUGUAAUUCGAGACUUACUUGGAGUAAAGUUGGAUAUGACGACUUGUGUGUCUCUCUUCGACAAUGAGCAAGCGGAGGAUAUUACAGAGAAAGUUCAAUUUCUUGCUCUAGAGCCUCAAGAUAAGGAGGUCGUUAAACUUAAGAUGCAGCUGAAUGAAUUCAUUGAGGAGAGGCAGGGGUGGCUGCAAGAAAUGGAUAGGAAACAAGCGGAAUUGGUAGCUGUACAAAUUGCAUUGGAAAACCUUCGACAGCGGGACCAGUUGCUCAAAACAGAAAAUGAAAUGCUGAAGAUGGAAAAUACAAGUAAGAAGAAUAAAGUAGUGGAACUGGAAGAAGAAAUUAAAAAGUUGUCUGGUCAGCAAAACCUUCAGCAGCGUAUUCAUCAUCAUGCUAAAAUUAAGGAGGAGAACAAUAAAUUAAAGACACAGAAUGAAGAACUCAGCGCAAAACUACGUAGGGCAGAGAUCUUCCUUUCCCGCGUCAAAGAAGACCUUGCUCGUCUUCGUUCUUCUGCUGGCAUGAAAACAAGUAUUAAUUUUGAUGAGGAACAACGUCUGAUGAUAAAACUGAAGGAGAUCGAGGAGGAGAAAGUUGAAUUAGCUCAGCAAUUACUGAGAUUGUCCACAAAUGUCCUUAAGGUAGCUGGAAUAUCAAGACCAACAUCGGACAUAAAUCCUUCUAUGGCUGAGGACGCCCUACAGGAGCUCCAGAAUAGGAUAACAACUCUGGAAAUGGAACAAGAAGAUCUGAAGUUUAAGAAUAAAAUUAUCAAGGAAAAGAUUCGAUUAUCCGAGCUCAUGCCGCAAGCUUCUCCCCUGAACUUGAGAUCUGAGGAGAAUCGUUUGACUCCUCCACCUGGGGCAUCCCUAGCUCCAUUCCUUUCCAGUUUUGAUCGAUAG